CUCAGAAACAUAUCAGAGCUUCUCAGAAGCAAUGUAAUUGUCAUAUCAAACGAGUUUCGCUACUCGCAUUCAUUUUGAAGGGCAUUGGGAAUUGUAUAUUUGCAUCAGCGGUAUUUUUGCUCUUCACGUAACUGUUUAGCGUGAUGGAGCAUAUGCCGUUAUCAGAGUUGAGUUUCCAGCUUUCUCGGGAUCCUCUGUCAUAUCGAUCAGAUUUUGAGGCCCAGCUAGAGAGCUAUACCACACUUAGACAGUCUUUCUCAUCUGCACCUUCUCAACACAUUGGCCGUCUUGAAGAGCUUUUGUUAUUUUUGUCUCAGGUUGUUAAACACUAUCCAGAUCAUGUCGGGGAGUUUGCUUCCAGUAUAAUUCAAACACUACUGUCUCGCGCAUUUGGUAUGCAUCCCGAGAUGCGUAUGGCUUUCUUAAGAGCGUUUAUGCGUCUUCGAACCAAAAAUCUGAUACCGGCAGCACAAGCGGUUGAUGUUGCUUUCAAAUUACACAGAUGUCAUGAUAAACAAGUCCGAAAAACUUUACGUCACUUUCUAGUAAGUGAUAUUAAAAGAAUGAACAAAAGCCAAAAACAAACUAAGGUCAAUGCAGUCAUCCUUACAUUCCUUUCAAAGAUGAUAAAGGAUAAUAGCUCGACUGUAGCACGUGAAGCGGUGCUAAUAUUAUUGUGCUUGUUUAAAAAGAAUGUGUGGAAUGAUGCACGAACUGCCAAUACUAUUGCAGACUCAUGUUUGGUCAACAAGAAGAAAGUAUACGUCCCCGCUGUCCAGUUUUUCUUGGGGAAGAUGAAGGCGAUUGGUGAAUUGGAAAGUAGCAGUGAUUCCGAAUCAGAUGUUGAUGAAGAGACCAAGAUUAAACAAUUACGCAUGGGUCAUCGUGUCGGUGCUAAGACAAAAGGCCGUCAAAAGCGUCUUGAACGAUCCAUUAAAAAUGUUAACAAAGAAAAGGAAAGGAAAGUGAAAAAGCGUGCUGAAUUAACCAAUUUCCAUGCUUUGAAUAUGCUGCACGAUCCACAAACGUUUGCUGAAAAACUUUUUCGAAAAUUGGAGCGAUGUUCAGAUCGUUUUGAGAUCCGUUUGCUUAUUCUCGACUUGAUUAGUCGACUUAUUGGAUUGAAUAAACUUAUUUUGCUGAAUUUUUAUCCCUUCAUACAACGGUUCUUACGUCCACAACAAAGAGAAAUUACUCACCUGUUACUGUACUCGGCGCAAGCUAGCCAUGACCAAGUUCCACCAGAUGUGAUAGAACCCUUAGUACGUGUGAUUGCAGAUAACUUUAUUACUGAGCGUGCUUCAUCCGAGGCAAUAGCUGUUGGCUUGAAUUCAGUCCGUGAAAUAUGUGCUCGUUGUCCGUAUGCAGUUACACAGGAUUUAUUGUCAGAUUUAAUUCAGUAUAAAUCAUAUCGAAAUAAAAAUGUUGUCGCUGCAGCACGAUCGCUUAUUCGACUCUAUCGUCAAAUAAACCCUCAACUGUUACCACGUAAAGAAUGCGGACGUCUAACAGAAUCACAAGUCGAUGUCUUAACUCAUGAUUACCCCAAUGAUGUGGCAAUUAACUAUGGACAGUAUGUUACACCAGCUACAGUACCUGGAGCCGAAGUUAUUGUCUUAGCUGCAGAAAAACUUGGCAAAAAGAAGAAUCAUCAAGCUUCUGAAGAAUCUAAAUGUGUUGAAAAUUCGGAAGAAUGUACUAAGGAAGGUAUAAUUGUUAUUAUUACUAUUAUUACUAUUUGAAGCUAUACGUUGUCCUUGUGAAAUUUAAUGUCCUUUGAGUGGGUAUGUGGCGCUUCUGUUUCAAUAUCCCAGAAUAGGUUGAACGCAGGUGGGCAAUUACGGUUUGAAUUUCCUCGGGCAGUUGUCUUAUGCAUGUAUGUGCUUUUGUAUUACGUGUUUAGAGAAAUGCUGUAAUUAUGUCAGAUUUCAUAAUUGUUUGUUUUUUAAAAGUAUUUUAUCGACUUAUGUACACAGCUGGAAUAUCCGUUGUGGCAUUCGGUAUACCAUUCGCGAUAGCUUUUAUUCUCACCCCUGUCCUAAUGCUGUCUUUUUUAAUAAUAUUAUUCAAGCUACUUAUAAGUAGUGCACAACUGUUAUUCCAAAAAAUAUUGUGGGUUAAUUUCCUUGUUAUCUUUUCCCGUCUAUGAAUAAGGUGAUAUGUCAUGGGAAUCGUGUUCAGAUGAUGAUGGCGAUGAUGAUGAUGAAGACUCAGAAGAUGGCGAAUCAUCUGGUGAAUGGGUUGACCUAUCGCAUUCUUCAGAAGAGGAGAACGAUGAAGAAAACUCUGCUGAUAUGGUUGGGGUGGAAGGCAACGACGGUGAUGAAAGUCAAUCGAAGAAGAAGAAGCCAAAUAUUGAUCCUAGUGUUUUAAAAGCUGAAGCUUUAGAAAUAGCCUCUUCAAGAGUAUUUACACAAGAAGAGUUUGAAGCAAUGAGAAAAUAUCAGCAGACAAAGCAGAAACGUUUUGCCGCCUAUGGUUCUGUACGAAAUAAACAAACAGAUUCAUACUUUAUUAUUGAUUCUGAUGAAGAGGAAAAUGCAAAUGGUAUCGGUGUACAAAAUAAGGACGGUAGCCUUGGGAAUCUGGUCAGUAUGAGUGCAAUUACUCGACUGGUGAAACGUCCACGUCAAACAAAAGCAGAACGUAUGGAAACAAUUGAAGAAGGUCGUAUUGGACGUGAAAAAUAUGGUUUUAAGGUGAAUCGUAUGAAUGCUCAUGCAAGUACAACAAAUCGUGAAAAAUUGAAGAAUAAAGCUUUCCAAAUGAUCAAGCACAAAGUUCGUCGUAAAGUAAAACGUAGUUUUCAAGAGAAACAAGUUGCACUAAGAGAACACUUAAAACGAUUAAUGAAACGUUCACGAUGAAAUGCCCAACACACAGACACAACACAACACAACACAAGAACAAUAAUCAACUUGAUUUGUAUUUUUUGUUGUUGUUGAUUGAUUGUUUUUUCUUUUUUUUUCUUUGCUAUUUCAAUACAUGUUUUGCAUGGGUGUGUAGUGUUUAUGCCUGUGUAAGACCGACCUGUAAGCAUCUUAUGCGCUAUUGACAAUUAGUGCUUGCUUCUUGACUCAGUGUGUGUGACGUAAUAAAUCAAUAAAUUUUUUUAAAGCAACAGUUUUUGUAUAUAGCAAAAAGAACUAUUGUUUUUGUCAUUGGAUGAUGGAUUUUAUUUUCGCGUAAUUUAACGAUGUUUUUUCAAAUUUCAUGUGUGUAUAUAUGUGUGUGUGUGUGGAUGUGAGUUUGCCUGAUUUAUUCCCUCCUCCUGUACACGUUUUCACUGUUUAUAUAUGCAACCUAUAUAAAUUUACUAUUACACGCCGCCUAAGUAUUCGUGUAUAUAUCAGAGGGGCGAAGGAUUCUUUUACACACACACACACACA